CCAGUGGCGAACCUGCAUUUGAACGUCAACCUCGGGGCGCUGUUUCCAUGUCCCUGUCUUGCAUCCAACCUUUGACUUUGGAAUCCGUUGAAUGAAUCGGGCGGGCCACACAAUUAGAUAGGACCGUACUUUCAACAACAUCAACAACACCGGCAAAGUCAAUAAACAGAAACCGUCGCUUGGCGCACGCACUUUGAAUUCACCCGACCCCUACGUCCGUUGGCUUCCGCAGCCCGCCCUGCGUUCUCAUCGUCGAAACUAUCGUACCACAACGUACCUAUUUCCUCUCUAGAAGCUUCUCACAGGUACACAAGCCCACAGGCACCCGCUUGAGAACCUGAUUUAAGCUGAAUGCAGCCUUCCCUGCACAGCGCUAGUAUCCGAAGCUGACAAACUUCCCGAGCCAUCUGCACGCGCGGCGCGCCAAACGCACGGUGCACAUUCAGCUCCGAUUGCACUCCCGUUCCCCCUCCUUCCCAACCCCACCACGAGACGAUAGACAUUCCAACUUUCAACCUUCGAUUCUCCCGCUCACACACCCAGACGCCGACCACAAAAAAACAAAGCAAGAAGCACCGCUGCUCCCGAGAGCGAGCCGCAAGCCUUCUCCCAACUAUGCCCGGACUCACGAUACAAACAGACGCGAUCUCGCCGCGCACAUCAAAUGCGCCGGCACCGGCGCCAUCUACGUCUGCGGCUGCUGGUCUGACUGCUGCCACAACCUCUUCGGCAGGCGGAACAAACCCACCACAUGCGCAGCAGACCCCUCCGCGAUCCUCUCGCUCCUCAUCCCCCGCCCGGCCCCCCAUCAGCCCCAUAACCCCGACCCUACCCCCGGCCCGUCUGCCGGACCCUCCCGCCCCUUUCGCUGCCGACCGCCCAGUCCUUACCCACUCUUCCCAGCCGUCCGCCGCUACCGCCAUCCCCCCUCCGCGUCCCGAACCCAUCGACUUUGAUUCCAACCCCGAUGUCCUCGCCCUCAAGUCAGCCAUCUCCAUCCUCCAGAUGCAAUCGAAAAAGGCUGCCGCCGAUAUCCAAGGGCUCAACGCCGCAAAGAACGCCGCCGUAGAAAACCCAUCAGCUUUCCUCGCCGACCUCGGCGCAGGCAAAGUGCACACGCAAGGCGACAAGCUGUUUGCUGAGUCUGAUUCGGAUUCAGACGACGAGACAGAGGGCAAAGCAGAUGGGAGUGCCGCGCAGGGCAAGGCGAAGGAACCGCCACAGCCCUGGGAGUCACUUCCCAAACCCCAGAACGUGGUGCGCUGUCCGCCCAUCAACUGGUCACAAUAUGCCGUCGUCGGCGAGUCUCUCGACAAGAUUCAUGCGGACCAGCUGGCCAGACCAAGCCAAGGCGCUCCGGCAACGUUAGGACCCAGCGGAACAUACGAGUUCAAAGGGGAGCCCGGAGGUAACCAGAGACCCUUCAUCGGCGUCGCGGCCCCUUACACACCUGGGAAGGACAGGAUCGAGAAGAAGGCAAGGGGAAGCAAGCGCUGAGACAUGACGUUUCUUCCGUCCAAAAGAUCUGAGAAGAGCCGUUUGAGGCAAGGUUGCCAGAACAAACAUCCCGGGAAUGGAUGUAUGAUUGAUGUUUUUCUACUGAGGUCAUGAGAUUACGAGGCGUUAGGCAUGAAUAGGGUGCAUGGAAAGGAAGGC